GUUAUGCUUGAGAAAAAAACAAACCCCCUCUGAAUUCCAGGACAUAUAUAAAUAAGGCACCAAAAUCAUAUGGGGAUAACGUUUUCCAAAAGAGACAUCACAUUAUGGCAUUGGUGAAAGCAAUUAUAUCAGCCUUUGAACCCAACAACCUACAAAAACCUUUUCCAGACCUAACUAAUUACCAAUUCAAACAUCGCCAUGACAAUAUAGUCCAAGCUGAAGCUACCCACAAACAAAGCAGCAGCAGCAUCAGCAGGAGGCUAGCAACUGCGAGCUCGCUGCUUCUACUGUCCAAUAGUAGAGUUUUUGCGACGCCGGUGGCAAGUGCAUUGGACUUGAGGAUGAUGGCACCGGACCAAAGUGUGGCAGAGGCCGAGGCCGGGAUCAGAGGCCACGCGCAGGACUUGCUGCGGGUGAAGGCGGGCUUGUUGGAGCCGGAGGCGUGGAAGGAAGCCCAGAAAGCGCUGCGAAAGAGCGCUGCGUAUUUGAAGCAGGAUAUUUAUACCAUCAUUCAGAGCAAGCCCGGCAAGGAGAGGCCUCAACUCAGGAAGCUCUACUCGGUCCUCUUCAAUGCCAUCACUGCAUUGGAUUAUGCGGCGAGAGAUAGAGAUAUCAAACGGGUCCAAAAAUUCUACGAUGCAUUGGUUUUGGCUCUUGAUGAUAUUUUGUCUAAAAUUUAGGAUGUGAGUGAAAACGAACUCCGCUUUUGCCUUUGGGUUAGUACUGAAAACGUUAUGGAAGACUGUAUAAUAACUCAUAAAUUUACGAACCUUGAUUUGAGUGUCUCGAAUGCGGUAAUAAACAUAUAUAAUUUU